AUUGUUGGAUAAAGGGUAUUUCUGCCAUGGGCUCCGGCCCGAUUGACCCCAAAGAGCUCCUGAAGGGCUUGGAUUGCUUCCUUGGCCACGAUGGCGAGGUCAAGAACAUGGACAGCAUCUCCAAAAUCUUCAACUUGAUGAAGGAUGCGCAGAAGCUUGUGAGUCGCUGCAUCUACCUGAACAUCCUGAUGCAAACACAGUCGCAGGACAUCCUGGCCAAGUUUAUCCGGAUAGGAGGCUACAAGCUGCUCAACACCUGGCUGACGGCUGCCAAAGCCUCCAACAACGUCGCCUUCCUGCAGCAGAUCCUCCUUACCCUGCAGCACUUGCCACUCACCGUGGAUCACCUCAAACAGAACAACACAGCCAAGCAGGUGAAACGACUCAGCAAAUCGCAUGACAAUGAAGAGCUGCGCCAACUUGCUGCCAUCCUCGUCAGUGACUGGAUGGGUGUCAUCCGUUCCCAGAGCAGCGUCCAGCCCGCUGAACGUGACAGAAAGCGACGAAGAGAGGAAACCAAAAGCAAAACGGUUGUCCAAGAGAAACCCCAAGAAACCAAAGCUGAGGCUAAAGCCGAGGAGGUGCCAGAGAAGAAGCGGGAGAAACCCAAAUCUCUGCGCACCACGGCGCCCAGCCAUGCCAAGUUCCGCUCCACUGGUCUGGAGAUGGAGACACCUUCGUCAGCGCCCGCGAAGAAAAUGAGCUCUGCUUCGGGCGCUGAUAAAUACGGCCUGAAACCAAUGCCCAUCAAGAGGCAAAACGUCUCGGUGUUGUCUGGAGAGGCUGCUCCAGCCAAGAAGAAAUAUAAACCGCUCAACACGGCGCCCAAUGCCGCCAAGGAGAUCAAAGUGAAGACCAUUCCCCCUCAGCCCAUGGAAGGCCUCGGCUUCCUGGACGCCCUCAACUCGGCUCCCGUCCCCGUCAUCAAAAUCAAGAAGAAGAAGAAGGUACUGUCCCCAACAGCCACCAAGCCCAGUCCCUUCGAGGGGAAGCCGCCCAUCAAAGCCACCUCGGCCAAACCCUCCUCCCCGGAGCCCAGCGCUGCGGUGGAGGUGAUGGAGACGGAGCGUCCUGGCACGCCGGUGCCAGCCGUGGAGGUGCCAGAGCCGAUGGAGUUUUGCUUGGCCGAGAGCAGCAUGGACAUCAGAUCCAUGGGAAACCAACCAUUGGAGAGCGGGCCGAUGGCCAAGAAAGCCCGCAAGAAGAAGAGAGUGAGCUGGGCCGAGGAAGGGAAGCUCUGCAAAUACUUCUACUUCGAAUGGGACGAGACAGAACGAGGUGAGCCCCGUGCCUUCCCCCCUCCCUGCCACCUUCGCGGGAUCUGGGGGUGACGCCGCUGUUUUCCCCGGCAGUGAACGUCAACAAGAUGAAGGGCUUUGCCGAAGCGGCCAGGUGGGAGAUGUUGAAGGACCGGGUGGCGUUUGACACAGCGCGGUGCCUCAGCCAUGACACCAUGGAGGAGAAGGUGCCGUGGGUUUAUCCCCGGCUCCUCGAUCUCCCCGCGCCCCUUGUCGUUCCGGGCAGCGGCAGCCGUGAGCGCUUCACGCAGGCCGAGCGUGAGAAGGGGAUCCUACAGGAGAUCUUCCUGUCCAAGGAAAGGUGAGCGGAUUCCCACGGGAUCCCUGGGGAAGAGCACGCUCUUGACGCCGGAUUUGGAGCCGUGGAGUCCCUCUUGCCUUGCAAGGAGAGGCGAAUCCCUCAAGGGAUCCCCUGCAUCAGGGUGGGGGUCCCCAGAGAUCCCUUGGAUCAGGGUGGGGAGUCCCUAGAGAUCCCUUGGGAUCCCUUGGAUCAGGGUGGUGCCCUGAUCCCCUUCCCAAGCCUUAACAGGGUGAAUCCUUCCCGAUGCCAGGAUCCACAGGGGUGUCCUGGGUGGAGGUGGUGCA